CCAUUAAUGUGUGCCUUUCAGUACGAGACUCCACUUGUUUUUGUUUUUCAUCGUUUUUUUUUAAACGUGUGUGUGUGUCUGCAUGUGGGCUGUAGUGUGGUGAGCCCGACACCCCCCUUUUUUUAACAUAAUCUGUGUCCUGUUCUUUUCAGUGGUAUUACAAAAGAAUCGAUUAUUGUUACCUUAUAUAGACAUGUGAGGACAGUGAGCAACCAUUGGCUCCUUAUUAUCCUGCUUCAUGCAAAUGAAUGCCUGGUAGCAGAGCCAUCCACAGCCUUGCCAGCCAAAUGCAGUUAAUUAGGUGACCUUCACGAGGAGUUAACCAUGUGCUGCACUGGGAUAAACAAUGUAUUUGUAUGUGAUGGUGGUCACUUGUCAUGCUCUGCUGGAACUGAAAUGCUACAGUGGAAUGCAUAGUAGCUUCUAAAUUGUGGCUGAAGGCCUGAGACCUGGAGAGAAACAGCAUUCUGCACUGGAGGGAGGAGCCUAAUGCCUCAGAAAUGUGAAACUGUCAGUUACUAUAGCCCCACCCCUUACAGGGAACCACGGAAACGAGCCUCCAAUCUGCAGACAGUCUGGAGGUUUACCACCAUGCACCUAAAGCCAUAUCCCAAGCAACAGGAUAAAAAUCUUCACCAGGAGGGAGGGCAAGAUGGCACACCAAAUCUGCAUGUGCAUCAGCAGGGAGUACUUGGAGCUGAGUGGGGCGUUCGCCAAGCAUGUAGCUUUAUGGGCUCGCCUGGCAACGGCACAGCCAACCGGUGCCCCCUCAGUGUCAUUUCUACCAAUACACUUAAAUGUGCCACCAGUUGCAGCACACCACCCAAUAGAGGGAGUGGGUAUUUCUCCAGCUCCUGGACCCACAAGAGUAAAGCACCCUCCUCUGUCUCUACAUUGACUAGUUCCUUAGUUCUUCUCUCAUCACCUGCCUUGGAGAAUGAGGGCUCACUAAGAAUAUAUCAGGGAGAGGAUAGCGAGGCAUAUUUAGAUAUAUGGGCUGUCAUUAAACCUGGGAACACAAAGGAGAAGAUUGCAAUUUUUACUGCCAAGAAGUGUAGCCAUGCUGGUACAGGUGGCAGCAACAAUGCUCCAGAGAGAGAGGUAACCCUUUCAGACAUGAGGACGGUAUCAAUGAAAAACAAAGGAUGCUGGGAUGGUGAUUGGUCCAUAGCAAAACGCAGAAAAAGGUCUGUAAACCCAGAGAAGCCAAGAAGCCUAGAGGCUCCUGGACUGAGGCCUGCACCACCAAAUACUGCAAAUGAAAACUUGGAUCCUUGCUUUGUUAUAGCUGAGGAGAUCACAAGAACGGAUGGAGAAGAGUGUGGAAAGAAUCUUUCUGUUGUGGAAAUGGUUGCAUAUUUGGAGCAUAGGGCUAGCAACCAGCAGGCAGAUCUGAAACCUGUAUCACUGCGAAGCUCCAGUAUAGUUACUCUAUCCAAAAGUGGAUCUGUGGUACAGACAACAGAUCAGGUAUCCAAAGGCCAGAAGUUGCCAGAGGGCAAUGAGGAGGAGGAGGAGGAAUCUGUGCGAGUGCUGGACAUGGUUGCCAAGUUGGAAUCUCAGUGCCUAAGCAGACAGAGCCUCAGAGAGGGAGGAGAUCUCUCGCGCAACAACAGUCUGAGGAGGAGGGUGGGACGGGUUUUGCUGGCAGGAUCUGAACCAUGCUCUGUGCCCUCGCAGUCAGCAUUGGCCAGCCUCCCUCAGGAUGACCGGAUAGAGUGCGUCUCUGAGGAAGUGGCAGGUGGAGUAGACAGUGGUUCACAUGAAGCCCCUGUGUUGACGGGCAACUCAGUUUUUUAUGUCAACCAUACCAGAGGAGAAGAGCAAGAAAGCAGUAAUGCAGCUGAGCAAGAGACGAAUGCAGAUGUAGAAUUGAUAAAGGACGUGCAGUCUCUAAACAGUCUGGUCCCUUCAGAAGCCAAUAGCUGCAGUGAGGAUCCUCUCCCAGGCAUGCUGUUCUUUGCCCGGUUCCCCCCACAGGCUCUUCAGGAGCAAAAACCGCUCUUGAUUUCCAAAAAUAUUCCCAUAUCUCAAAGCAUGGAGCUUGCCUCUAAUGACCAGGAGAAGGAACAUGCACUGCCAUAUAAGCAAGCACUGGACUCUUUCUCAACUGUGGAGUCAUUCAGAGGGGAGACUGUGGAUAAUUUGGGAGCUGAUCAUGAUGUGAGGGGAAAGGUAGAAAGUGGGGUUAAUGCAAUUAGUCGGGAUUCUGUGCCUUUGCGUCGCCUAGUGUCUCACGAAUUCUUGGAAACCCGCUUCAAGAUCCAGCUACUGCUGGAGCCUCAACAGUACAUGGCCUUCCUACCCCACCACAUCAUUGUCAAGAUCUUCAGCCUGUUGCCUACCGAUAGUCUGGCUGCUCUCAAGUGCACCUGUCACUAUUUCAAGUUCAUAAUUGAGAGUUAUGGUGUGCGGCCGGCUGACUCCCGCUGGGUGAGUGACCCACGCUACAAAGACGAUCCCUGCAAGCAGUGUAAGAAACGCUAUGGCCGUGGUGAUGUCUCUCUCUGCCGCUGGCACCAUAAGCCCUACUGCCAAGCAUUGCCCUAUGGCCCUGGCUACUGGAUGUGCUGCAGGGGUUCCCACAGAGACACACCCGGCUGCAAUGUGGGACUCCAUGACAACCGCUGGGUCCCUGCCUUUCACAGUAUCAAUAUGCCAAUUUAUAAGAAAAGCAGGGAUGGGGAGGAAGAUGCGUAGUGUGCUAGGGGAGGUAGAGGGUGUGAGUGUUUUGUUUAUUUCUGUGAGGGCUGAGUGGAUGAAAUUGUUUCUGGUGCCUCUGUGCUGUCAUAUGAGCAUGUGCUUCUUUUUUGAUGUUAAAUUGUCUUAUAUGAUUGCUGAGACUAACUAUCUCAGUUGCUGUAUUUAUGCCUCUGAUCCUCCCCAUAAAUCAAGCACCAACUCCUCUCUAUACCCUCCUCAGGUCCUUAAAUUCGGUCUGCACUUUAACUUUUAAAGACUGAAUUCUUAUGAAUUCUGUCAGGGUACCGCUUUCACAGACUUCACUCCAACAAGCAUUAAUCUACUUUUCACUAAUUUAUUUCCUCAAACACCUCAGAUAUUUUCCCCAAUGAUUGCAUUCACUGUUAUUCAGAAUACCAGACCUGAGUAAGCCUUUUGAUCCAACGUACCUUUCUAUAUGUUUAAUGCAUUAUCUUGUUCAUAAUAGGGACAUUUGCUUAAAGGGCUUAAUGCAAGUUUUUAAAAAUGUACUCAAUUCGUAAUCCCAAUAUCAUGUCCUGGGAUUAUGAUGAGGUAGGUGGCUUUUUCUCUGGCUGGUCUGAAGGUUGUUCUGAGCCCAGUUGUUUACAUUGUACAUAGCACAUUCAUAUCAUAAUAGGGUGAAUAAUGAUUGCACAAUCAAAGCUUGAAAUGUGUCUUCGGGUGGAACACCUUUUCAUGCCAACCUGUGUAUCAUACACAUCGCUUGCUCAUUUUACAGUGGGUCCUUUUAAUUUAAACCACUGUAAACUGCCAGUGAAAAAUGCAGUGCCUGCAUUUUAUUUUACAUGUGGGCAUCUUCCUAAUGUUUCUCAAAGGGAAAUAUUAUUUGAAUGUGGACAGAACCAGUUAAUCUUCUCAUUGACGAACUGGAUGGCGUCAGAAAAAAAAUCCAUUGCAAUGGAAAGAGAAUGGUCUCCAAAUUGUUUCAGAUUUUUAAAGAUCAUAAUUGUAAGUUUGCUGCCUUGUAAGGCAUUUUACUUCAAUAAAGUGUAUUCUUGGAGGAUUUGUAAGAUGCUCUCCUAUUCUUCAUCUCUUGCAAUAUCUUAAAAGCAAGCAUGAAUUACACACAAUAUAAUAUGAACUUUUAUGUAUGCUUUGAUUACAAUUGGGAGAGACAACCAUUCAUGUAUAAGAGUUUGUAUUUUAGAAAAGGGUCAAAUAAACCUAUUGCAUUAAUAGUUAGCAAUAUAGGCUAGGUAAUCACUGGAUUAUUUUGGGGGACACCAUUUCAAUUGGGCUUGAUGCUCUACUGGUCCAUAGUUUUGGCUUUUCUUUUUUGAGAGGAUGCUAUACUGUUAAGCAAAUUCAAGAUAUCUACUUAAAAUUGGACUGAUAAUUAAUGCUAUAAACUAAAUGCUUAUGUUUGGGGAGCUUAAUAUACAAAUAUAUAAAAGUGUUGAAAUCAAA